GGAUUUUUAAUUUUCAAUUUCUGACUCCUUUUUUUUAACUGGAUGACCCUCGGAUCCGCCCAACUCUUUGUUUUUGCGCCCCGGAGAUCAUAGUUCGAACCCAGUCUAUCAUGCGCCAAAUUGGCACAGUGUGGGACGCAGAGCAUAGAUCGGGAGGAACCAUGAUCAUGGAUUUCUGUGAGCCGCUUUUCCAUCUUCUAUGGCCUAAUUAUUUAAAGCGGGCGCCAGGGAGGUCCGUUCCAUGGUUCAAUGUACCCGCUCCCGUCCAUGGGUCGGAAGAACUCUGUGAAUCUACCUUUGCCAUCAGGAGUUCCGUACACACAACUUGGACUCUUCUUCGCCCCUCGUAUUUGACCAUCCUCGCCCCCCUUUUUUCGGACCAUGUCUGCCCCGACUAGACAGUUUCACAGACUGUCAAUCGGUCACAACAUGCCUGAGACUCGGUCCUCCACUCGCGGGCGGCCGGACCCUUCCGAUGAAAGUGAGCGCGAGGACAGCUCUGUCGAGGAGAGUGAGGUCGAAAGCGAAGAGGAGGAGAGCAGUGACGAUGAGCCUGCUGGGAAGACCAUCCUCGCGCGUUCGGGAAUCACCUAUGACAUGAAGAAUCUAGAUGACGAGACCGGAGCUAAUGCGUCAGUGGGCUUAAGAUCACAGUUCGAGGUCGUCAAUUGCCGGGCCUCAGACUCUGGCUAUGAUUUCCAGCUACUGAAUCGACCGCAGGUCCACGUUGGAUCCGAUUCAACUACUUGCACCUGCUCUACUUUUCAAUCGCGGCCACAGGCAGCCUGUCAACACAUCUUCUGGGUUCUUGACCAGCUUCAUGCCUAUUUCCAUCCUACACCCUCUACAGCCCGGGCGACCCUCUCCAGCGACGGUCGCCCUCAAGUGCGUCCCCGCGCCGAGGAACUCCUCGCUAGUGUCAGACUGGAAGCAGUAGCAGACCGUCUACAAUGGCAAUGUCUCCGAGAUGAAGGUAACGGUCAUUAUCACGGAAUGACCCGAGCAGAAAAAAUCCGGGAUGUGCUCAGCGCUUUCAACACGAAAAUCCUCCCGGAAGACUUCCGCCAAGAUUUGCAGGAAAAGGAGCCCACAGUAAAAUACACUGCUGAAUCUUGUGUCGUCCAGGGUGAUCUCGAAGCUACCAUUUUCCGACUAGCUGUGCACGAUGACAGCGUCUUUAGCAGUAUAUGCAAGGCAAUGCCCUCCGGCGCGUGUGCAGCUAUCUACUUCCAGAAACUCCAGGAUCAGAUCCGCAGACUCCUGUCUGAUUUUGAUCGGUACUGUGCGACGGGCGAACGACCUGCAGACCUAAGCAGUUCUGGAGGUGGUGUGGAGGUCGAGGAGGUAGUUCAUCAACUUCAGCUCGCGGUUUCGCGUAUUCGGUCCAACAUUGCUAUUCGUUCGCCUCAUGGUUCGGAUGGAGCUGUCGAUGCGCUCGUCCUGAUCCUCGAAAACAUCGCUGCGCGCAAUAAGGAUUGUCUCGCUGGGAACGACUGGGGUCGCGAAUCUUUCCACGGCGAAGAUGAGGAUCAGCGCAAUCUGCACCAUUUGCUUUUUGGUUCCGACGAUGUGGAAUUGAAAGCUGAUGACGAGCUAUUCCUGAUUAGCGCACUUGAAGAUCUGAACCUGUCAUCUUUGGGGUCGAAGGUCGAUGCGCUUCGCAAUACCCUUAGUAAAAUGGAGGUGAAUCGGGCGCCAAAGGCCUACCUUAUUCGACUCGGUGCGUUGGUCCGCCUGGUUGAGUCUGGUGGAAUUUCAGGCUCAGGACAGAAGCGACCUGCAGCCGGAAACUCAGGAGGUUUCUCUAAACGAAGUCGAUGA